GACUACGAAUGUGUUCUGCUGAUCAACUCGAUAGGCUUCGCGGUGAAGCCCGAGAUCACCCAGCUGGUGGACCUGAAAGACUUGGAGGAGUCCCCGGAGCUUCCGGGAGUUCCGCCCUUGAGGGCUUGCCUUGAGAGGGCCCUGCCCAAGGCAGAGAAGAAGGUUCUUAGUCGUCACAAGGGCAUCAAGGGGUACCAGUGUGCUCAGUUGAUCAACGACUUCAGCAUGGCUCUGGCUGAGGGCGCUCUGGCUGAGCAUGCCGCGGAUGUGAUUGUGGAUUGGGGUGGCGCCAGUUUCAAGGUCUUCCUGAAGGGCCGGAAGAUCGGGUCAGAGCGCAUGGAUGCCAACGAACUCCUCUGCAGCAGCGGGGAGCUGGACAAGAAGCGUCUACAGGAGCUGAUCCAGCAGAUCGAGACGAAAGUAAACAAGCUCCUUGAGCAGGAAGCUCUGCCAAGCGAGUGCAAGGUGCUGAUUGCGCAGACAGGCCGGGCUCGCGAGCUAUAUUACCGCAACCUGCAGGCCAGUGAGAGCCAGGUCGGCCAAAAGCGCAAACUCCAGGAGUAG